AUGACUACGACAAAAUUCACUAGAUUAGCCUUGCUGCUACUGUUCGCUUCUGCAGCUACAGCGCAACUGGCUCAAGGCAUCAACUGCUACGGUAAAGCAUACGUCUGCGUUGGUCCCCUCAACUACAAAGGCUGCGCAGGAGAUGCUCAAGGUAAUAGCUUUGCUACCGGUAACGCCAUCCAGUGUCCACCCAAUCACCGCUGCGUAAACGAUGGCGUAGAAAUUUGCAUUCCACUUAAGUCGACCACGGCGGAACCUCAAGCAGUUCCUUUGAUCAAUACACAGCCAAGAGCUUUCAAUUCACCUUCAACAGAAGCACCAUUUCAGUCAACUUCUUUAAGUUCCGAUUCUACGAACUUAAUAACCACUUCUACUUCACAACCAGCAGCUUCAUCCUCUGCUCCAAUUCAAGAAAAGCCAAGUAUUCCUGCGGACGCAACCACCGCUGCUGGUGGGCCAAUAUGGACUACAUAUUCAACUGAGGAUGCCAUUAUUUGGGAUACCACAACAGAUGGUAUAACGACAGAAACAGAUGUAAACACGCUUGAGCCGCAAUCAUCAGCUGUUCCAAACAGGCUAUUAUACUCCACUGUACUCCCGGAGGAAACGACAACUGUUCCAGCAGAAACAACUUCUUUUCCAAGCGAAGCCACAGACGCCACUGACGCCACCACCAUCUUGGACACUGAUGAGACAUUGAUAGCGACAAUUACAGCUGAUCCCAGUACUCUAGACGAUGUUAACACUAUCUAUGUGACAAGUUCACUUAAAGAAUCAACUUUAAUUUCCGUCGAAACCACAACUGAAAUUCCAGUUUCAGAAACAACCAUUUGGGAAACUACUACAGGACUGGGCGAUGCCACUAUUCCCACAGGCGUUUAUGAUCCACCUUUCACUAGCAACGAGCUUAGUCCUACUGAGAAUGGAAUACAGGGCCCGAAUACACCAGCCGAUACCACGUCGCCUGUCGAUCCGAGUACGCCAGUGAACCCGAAUGGAUCGCUUGGUCCCAAUGAACCAGUAGACCCUGCGUCGCCCGCAGAUCCAGAUAUUCCAGUAAACCCGAAUGGAUCAACUGGCCCCAAUGCACCAGUAGAUCCCGCGUCGCCCGUAGAUCCGAGUGCUCAAGGAAACCCGAAUGGAUCAGUUGGCCCUAACGCCUUAGUAGACCCUGUGUCGCCUGUAGACCCUAGUGCUCCGGUGAACCCGAAUGAAUCAGUUGGCCCCAAUGCGCCUGUAGAGCCCACGUCGCCUAUAGAUCCUGCUGGUCCAGUGAACCCGAAUGGAUCAGUGAGCCCCAAUGCACCAGUAGGCAACGAGUCGCCUGUAGAUCCGAGUGGUCCAGUAAAACCGAAUGGAUCAGUUGGCCCCAGUGCACCAGUAGAUCCCACUUCGCCCCUAGAUCCUAGUGCUCCGGUGAACCCGAAUGGAUCUGUGGGCCCCAAUGCACCAGUAGACCCCGCGUCACCUGUAGAUCCUAGUGCUCCAGUGAACCCUAAUGAAUUAGUUGGACCCAGUGCACCAGUAGACCCCGCCUCACCUGUAUAUCCUAGUGCUCCAGUAAACCAGAAUGAAUCAGUUGGCCAUAAUGCACCAGUAGACCCCGCGUCGCCCGUAGAUCCGAAUGCUCCAGUGAACCCGAAAGGAUCAGUUGGCCCCAAUGUACCAGUAGAUCUCGCGUCGCCUGUAGACCCUAGCGCUUCAGUGAACCCGAAUGGCUCAGUGAGCCUCAAUGCACCAGUAGACCCCGCGUCGCCUGUAGAUCCUAGUGCUUCAGUAAACCCGAAUGGAUCAGUGGGUCCCAAUGCACCAGUGGAUCCCACGUCGCCCGUAGAUCCGAGUGCUCCCGUGAGCCCGAAUGGAUCAGUGGGCCCCAAUGCACCGGUAGACCCCGCUUCACCUGUAGAUCCUAGUGCUCCAGUGAACCCUAAUGAAUUAGUUGGACCCAGUGCACCAGUAGACCCCGCCUCACCUGUAUAUCCUAGUGCUCCAGUAAACCAGAAUGAAUCAGUUGGCCAUAAUGCACCAGUAGACCCCGCGUCGCCCGUAGAUCCGAAUGCUCCAGUGAACCCGAAAGGAUCAGUUGGCCCCAAUGUACCAGUAGAUCUCGCGUCGCCUGUAGACCCUAGCGCUUCAGUGAACCCGAAUGGCUCAGUGAGCCUCAAUGCACCAGUAGACCCCGCGUCGCCUGUAGAUCCUAGUGCUUCAGUAAACCCGAAUGGAUCAGUGGGUCCCAAUGCACCAGUGGAUCCCACGUCGCCCGUAGAUCCGAGUGCUCCCGUGAGCCCGAAUGGAUCAGUGGGCCCCAAUGCACCAGUAGACCCCGCGUCGCCUUUAGAUCCUAGUGCUUCAGUGAACCCGAAUGGAUCAGUGAGCCUCAAUGCACCAGUAGACCCCGCGUCGCCUUUAGAUCCUAGUGCUUCAGUGAACGCAAAUGGAUCAGUGGGUCCCAAUGCACCAGUGGUUCCCACGUCGCCCGAAGAUCCGAGUGCACCCGUGAGCCCGAAUGGAUCAGUGAGCCUCAAUGCACCAGUAGACCCCGCGUCGCCUUUAGAUCCUAGUGCUUCAGUGAACGCAAAUGGAUCAGUGGGUCCCAAUGCACCAGUGGUUCCCACGUCGCCCGAAGAUCCGAGUGCACCCGUGAGCCCGAAUGGAUCAGUGGGCCCCAAUGCACCGGUAGACCCCGCUUCACCUGUAGAUCCUAGUGCUCCAGUGAACCCUAAUGAAUUAGUUGGACCCAGUGCACCAGUAGACCCCGCGUCGCCCGUAGAUCCGAGUGCUCCCGUGAGCCCGAAUGGAUCAGUGAGCCUCAAUGUACCAGUAGACCCCGCGUCGCCCGUAGAUCCGAGUGCUCCCGUGAGCCCGAAUGGAUCAGUGAGCCUCAAUGUACCAGUAGACCCCGCGUCGCCCGUAGAUCCGAGUGCUCCCGUGAGCCCGAAUGGAUCAGUGAGCCUCAAUGUACCAGUAGACCCCGCGUCGCCCGUAGAUCCGAGUGCUCCCGUGAGCCCGAAUGGAUCAGUGAGCCUCAAUGUACCAGUAGACCCCGCGUCGCCCGUAGAUCCGAGUGCUCCCGUGAGCCCGAAUGGAUCAGUGAGCCUCAAUGUACCAGUAGACCCCGCGUUGCCUGUAGAUCCUAGUGCUUCAGUGAACCCGAAUGGAUCAGUUGGCCCCAAUGCACCAGUGGAUCCCACGUCGCCCGUAGAUCCGAGUGCUCCCGUGAGCCCGAAUGGGUCAGCGAGCCUCAAUGCACCAGUAGACCCCGCGUUGCCUGUAGAUCCUAGUGCUUCAGUGAACCCGAAUGGAUCAGUGAGCCUCAAUGUAACAGUAGACCCCGCGUCGCCUUUAGAUCCUAGUGCUUCAGUGAACGCAAAUGCAUCAGUGGGCCCCAAUGUACCAGCAGAUCCCGCGUCGCCUGUAGAUCCUAGUGCUUCAGUGAAUCCGUAUGGAUCAGUGAGCCUCAAUGCACCAGUAGACCCCGCGUCACCCGUAGAUCCUAGUGUACCAGUGAACCCGAAUGGAUCAGUUGGCCCCACUGCACCAGUGGAUUCCACGUCGCCCGUAGAUCCGAGUGCUCCAGUAAACCCGAAUGGAUCAGUGGGCCCCAAUGCACCAGUAGACCCCGCGUCGCCUGUAGAUCCUAGUGCUUCAGUAAACCCGAAUGGAUCAGUUGGCCCCAAUGCACCAGUAGACCCCGCGUCGCCUGUAGAUCCUAGUGCUCCAGUGAAUCCGAGUGCUCCAGUUGGCCCCAAAGCACCAGUAGACCAGGCGUCGCCUCUGCCAGUCGGUCCAAAUGGAACUGUUCACCCUAAGCCACCAAUUGAUUCAAAUGCGCCAGUGAAUGGCAUUGUUGGGGCGCCUACACCCGCUAUAAGCUCGAGUAGGCCAGUUGUUCCAGACACACCAGUCAAUCCCAAUUCACAAGCGCAUGCCAACAGGCCAUUUAAUCCCAAUGCUUCAGUCGGCCCCAGCGCUCCAUUUAAUCCCAAUGCCCCAGUUUCUUCGAACGCACCAGUCCAUUCACAUGUAAAAAAUAUUCCAAUGCUUCCGAGGUUACCUGAACAUGCUGACCGUUCCGUUUGGUCACAUUUUGCCGCUCAUAAUUAUGCUGAUAACUCCAGUGGUAGAAGAGAUGAAAGUUGGUGGCGACGUGUUUUCGCUAAUUUACCAGGCCAUGCCAAUCUACCAAAAGGAGGAAACGAAAGACAUAAUGGAUGGCAGCUUUUGCCCAACCGCCAAGUGCAACCUGUUCGGCCUGGUUGGCCUGUGUGGCCUGCCAAAUCUCACCCGUCAAACCAGGAGUCAGGAGAUAGCCAGUCCACUGAAUUAGGCUCUGACAAAAAUUUGCCGAAAGCAGGCGAAUCCAUGGAAGAAAAGCCCAAGUCCAAUAGUAGAGGAAUAAAAUCAAAGGACAACAAAGAUCCUAAGGAACAAAAAGAGGAGAGUUCGGGUGAAAACAAAUCAAUAAGUACCAAAAUAGAAUCAGAGGACAGCAAGGAUUCAAAAGAAAAAAAUGAGCAGACUUCGACGGAAAAGAAAUCGGAGAAGGGCAAAAAAGAUUUAGAGGAGAGUAAAGAUUCUGAAGAUGUAAAGGAAAAGUCCGAUAGCAACCAAGAUGAGGAAAACGACGAUAGCAACUCCAAAGAGCAAAAGGAACUAAUUAAAAAAGUCUUGAAGAAGCUUAAGGACAACAAAUGUGACGAAGAUGACAUUUACCCAGAUCCCAGAGAUUGUAACAAGUUCUAUCUAUGUGUCGAAAAGUCGGAUAAGACUAAGCUCACGCAUCUACGGUGCGAUAGUGAGGAACGGUUUGACUCCGAAAAGCUGAAAUGUGUAAAUAAGCAUAAGGCAAAGUGCUUGACUAAGCAAGAAUUUAUCGAAGAGUUUGCGUGAUUCCAAACUUUUGAA